UCUAUGCUUAUAUCUCACAUUUCAUUUUGAAAACAUGAAGUCAGGACAGCUUCAGCCCUUUUCUGUGUGCCUGUGUUUACUGUAAAGUCUGUAAUACGUGUGCAUUUGAAAUGUUGGAGCAGCUCACUCAGAGCCGCGGAGACGCUCGCUCAGAGCCGCCCUGGACCCUGAGGGAAUGAGAGGUUUACCCAGACCGUCUGUCGAAUAUCCCACUGAAAACUAACUUCACUGCGGUCCCCAACAGUUUCUUGAUUUGAUCAGACGAGUUACAACCGGAGAAGAGCAGGAGAAGACUCAGUUUCAGGGCGUUUUUACUCUGGUUCUAAAAUCAUGGACGGAUCUGCUACUAAGAAGAUUGUCCUGCUUGGAAAAACUGGAUCUGGGAAAAGCAGCUUGGCCAACACAAUAUUUGGAGAGACGCUCUUUAAAGUAAAUCAUAGUCUUAACUCAGAAACCAAAACAUGUGAAACCAAAACCAAACUUGUUCAUGGUUAUAACUUCUCUUUGAUUGACACUCCUGGUUUCUUUGACACAGACAUGUCUGAGAAUGAUCUGAAGUCUCAGAUAAUUAAGUGUAUCGUAGAGUGCGCUCCUGGGGUUCAUGCUUUCCUCAUUGUGCUUAAAUGGGAAAGAUACACAGAGCAGGAGCAGGAUGUUAUUAAUAAAAUACACAGUUGCUUCUCUGCUGAAGCACUGAAAUAUGCUGUAGUGGUCUUCACUCAUGGUGACCAGCUCCCUGAAGGGAAGAAAAUAGAGGAGUUUAUCAGUCAGAAUAAGAGUGUCAGUGAUCUGGUGAAGAAAUGUGGCGGCCGCUGCCACAUCAUCGAUAAUAAAUACUGGAACAAAGAAUCAGGAGAUGAAUACAGGACAAACCAGUUCCAGGUGGAAGCGAUUCUUCGCACCAUAAACAGGAUGGUGACUGGAAAUGGUGGCGAAGGUUACACCAAUGAGAUGCUGAAGGAAGUGGAGAGAAGAAUACAACAAGCCAAUCGGGAGUCAUCAGAAUCUUUGUCAAGGGAAGAGAUCAGAAAUGAGGAAAAAGAAAAAGUUUUUGAAAUUCUCAAGUAUAAUGCAGCUAUCACCACAGGAGUUUUGCUGGGAGCUCUGCUCGGUGUGCAGGAAAUGAUUGUUGAAGUUCUCAAAGUACUGAGAGAAGGAAAACCCAUAGAAAUAUUAUCUGGAGUUGCUGCAGCAGGUGCCACUGGUAUAAGAGUUGCAGCAGGUGCCACUGGUGUAGGAGUUGCAGGAGGUGCCACUGGUGUAGGAGUUGCAGGAGGUGCCACUGGUGUAGGAGUUGCAGGAGGUGCCACUGGUGUAGGAGUUGCAGGAGGUGCCACUGGUGUAGGAGUUGCAGGAGGUGCCACUGGUGUAGGAGUUGCAGGAGGUGCCACUGGUGUAGGAGUUGCAGGAGGUGCCACUGGUAUAACAGGUGCAGGAGGUGCCGCUGGUAUAACAGUUGCAGCGGUUACAGGAUUGUUUGCUCUCAAAGGAGCAAUAGAUGGAGCUAAACUUGGAUAUAAUGAAGCUGAGAAUGCAAAGACAGUGGCAGAGGCAGUAAAGAACACAGUUGACGGAUGUGUUAAAAAGUUCUGUGAAAAAACGAAUGAAUUAACUCAAGCAAAAGGAAAGAAAACAGGACCAGAUGCCUCUGGUAAAAAAAAGACUGAAGAUCUGCUUUCACUUUUGCCAGAUGUGUGAUGUAAGUAAGUUGUAUGAGAUAUUGAAUCAUUUAAAUCCUAUAAUUACUUCAUUUCUUUAGUGCAUAUAUUCAGGUGUAGCCUACUCUCUUUUCUUUAAUCUAUAGGGGUCACUAAACCAACACAUAAACUGUCUGAAAAAUGCUGUAAUUGAACGGGUGAAACCCAGAGAUGUCACAGUUUGUAUUUAGAUUCCUGUCUCAUUUUUAAAACCCAUGUCAUUGUGUUUUCGUUUUGUCUUGACUUCCCUUGUUCCCAUCUGCACAUCUGUAAAUCUUUGUUUACAGGUUUGUUAUCUUAUAGUAGAUUGUAAUUGUCAGCAGUAAAUGAAAAAUCAUGUGUUUACAACUGUGGGGUGUUCGGUGUACUUACCUGAGUAGUGGUAUGUUCCAGUUGGGUGAGGAAGAGCAGGUAAAAUGCCAUUCAGUGGUCAAUAAGUGAGAGACUAGGUGGCUGCUCGCGGUGAGGCUGCAGGUUUUAUUUGUUUGAUGUUAUGAUUCGUUUUUUGCCUUUGUUUCAUUAAUAUUUUUGUUAAUAAACAUCACUUUUUG